AUGAUAUGGGCACCAGAAGAGGCAGAGGUCCAUGAGAAACUCAGAUCCACUCUGAAGAGGAAAUUUCAGCAUCUGGUUGAGGGAGUUCCACAUCAGGGAGACAUCAGACUCCUCCAUGAGAUCUACACAGAGCUCUACAUCACAGAGGGGGGAAGAGGAGGGGUCAAUAAUGAACAUGAGGUCAGACAGAUAGAGAGAAAAUCCUGGAGAGAAGCUAUUGAGGACCUACAUAUCAAAUGCAGUGACAUCUUUAAACCCUUAUAUGGACAAGACGAACACAUCAGAACAGUGCUGACAAAGGGAGUGGCUGGCAUUGGAAAAACAGUCUCUGUGCAGAAGUUCAUCAUCGACUGGGCUGAAGGAAAAGCCAAUCAGGAUGUCUACUUCAUAUUUCCUCUUCCUUUCCGAGAGCUGAACCUGAUGAAGGAGAAGGAAAUCAGUCUGGUGGAGCUUCUUCAACACUUUAACCCAGAAAUAAAAAAUCAAGGAAUCUUCAGCUGUUUAGAGAACAGAGUAAUGUUUAUCUUUGAUGGUCUGGAUGAGUGUCGACUUCCUCUAGAUUUCCACUCCAAACCAAGGUGUUGUGAUGUGACAGAGCCAGCCUCAGUGGACGUGCUGCUGACAAACCUCAUCAAGGGGAAUCUGCUUCCCUCUGCUCGCCUCUGGAUCACCACCCGACCAGCAGCAGCUCAUCUGAUCCCUCCUGAGUGUGUGGACCAGGUGACUGAAAUAAGAGGAUUCAACAACCAACAGAAAGAGGAGUACUUUGGGAAGAGAAUCAGUGAUGAGAAUUUGGCUAACAGAACCAUCACACACCUGAAGUCAUCCAGGAGCCUCUACAUCAUGUGCCACAUUCCAGUCUUCUGCUGGAUUAUCGCCACUGUUGUAGAGAGAACUUCAGAUGAAUCGGGGAGUUUACAAAUGCCAAAGACUCUAACUCAAAUGUACACACACUUCCUGAUCAUUCAGACAAGCAUGAAAAAGCACAAGUACACAGGGAGAAAAGAGACAGAUGAAGAGAUUAUUUUCAAGCUGGGGAAACUGGCUUUCCAACAGCUUGAGGAGGGCAAUCUGAUCUUCUAUGAGGAAGACCUGAGAGAGUGUGGCAUAGAUGUCACAGAAGCUUCAGUGUACUCAGGAGUGUGUUCUCAGAUCUUCAGAGAGGAGGCUGGGCUGUACCAGGGGAAGGUCUUCAGCUUUGUGCAUCUGAGCAUUCAGGAGUUUUUUGCAGCUUUAUAUGUGUUUCUCUGCUUCAGCAACACAGAGAGAAGCAUACCUGACCAACAGCAAACCUCUCAGCUCUCUGCUUUGUUCAGAGCUUCAACACUUCAUGACCUACACACGACUGCAGUGGAUCUGGCCUUACAGAGUGAGAAUGGACACCUGGACCUUUUCCUCCGCUUCCUUCUUGGCCUCUCUCUGGAGUCCAAUCAGAAUCUCCUAAGGCACCUACUGCCACAGACAAGAAGCCAAUCACAGAGCUCAGAGCAAACAGUCCAGUACGUCAAGGAGAAGAUCAGAGAUGAGGCGGAGAUCAGAUUUUAUAAUACUUUAGACAGAAUGGUUAACCUGUUCUACUGUCUGAAUGAGUUGAAUCACCAUGCUGUAGUGGAGGUCAUUGACAGGAGCUCAGGAACUCUGUCUGUAGUCAUGCUCUCACAAGGAGAGUGGAGGACUGGUAGGUUUAAGUUUGAGAUUUCAGAAGAGCACCUGGAUGAGUUUGAUCUGCAGAAGUACAUAAAGACACCAGAGAAAGAUCUGACUGAACUACUCAGUCCAGAUGAAGUUCUUGAGAGGCUGGUGCCAGUGGUCACAGCAUCCACAUCAGCUGAAGUGGAUCAAGGUAUCUUCAGAAAGGAGAGUCCAGCAGCAGCAGCCUCAGAUGACCAAGACCAAGCCCAGCAGGAUCCAGGAGCACAGCUGCUCUCUGUGGACACUCCCAAGGAGGAUUACCACAGUGAAGAUCUACAGAGGAGCUGUGAAGCCUGUACUGAAGUUCCUGACUCCAGCCACUGGGUCCUGGUGGAGCCUGACGUCUCCACAGAGAAGAGCGAUUUGACUUACAGCCUGAGCUCUCCUGCAGGGAGGUAUGAGUGCUCAGAGUCUGGUCUGCGCUGGUCGUGUGCUGGUCAAGUCAUCCUGCAGUACCGCUUCACAGACUGGCAACUCUUGGCUGGAGAGCUGCCUCACAUGCAGUACAGACCAGCUGGCCCUUCAAUGGACAUCAAGCUCAUCUCAGGAGAGCUGCAGGAGAUCCACCUGCCACAUUUCCUCUGUUUGGGAGGUAGUCAGUCUUUUCUGAAGGAUUCUGUGAUGGUUCUGCAUAAGCAGGACAGUGGAGUGUGUUUGGAGAAGUGUGAGCUGAGUCGCUUCCAUGCCAGGCUGGUGAACCCCUCCUUUUCUCUUCUUGGACUUUUUUACUCUUUGAUAUCGCUCUUGCUUCCUGGGAAGGAGGAGAGGGAGAAGCAGAUUAAGAUCCAUGCUGAUGUUCAGGUCUAUCGGAGUAGCACCUCCCCCCUCACCUUCCGCAUGUACCUCCUGCCAGCGCAUCCCCAUCCCAGAAAGUUAUUGAGGGACCAGGAAUUGGAGGAAGGUUUCCGAGGCAUCAGACUCUCUAAGCCCCCGCCUGUGAGACCGCUGCAUGAGAAUGAGUUCUAUGGUUUACACACAACUCCAGAAUGCAUCAGAAUUUAUCCAGUAGAGUUAGACCUCAGAUUCAGCCAAAUUGCUCCUAACUUCUCAGAGGUUCGCAUAGGUGAGGCUGCUGACUUUAAAAUAGAGCUGCUCAGCUCUGCAGACCAACAGACAGUUUGGGAAGCAGAGAUCUUGAGAACCGAUUGCUCCUCGACCAAUCCCCACGUGAGCAGUGACAACCUAUCAGCUGCUGAGUUCCUCAGAAGGCACCAGGCAGAUCUUGUUCAGAAGGUGAAGAACGUGAACCAGUUAGCAGAUAAGCUGCUCUCACAAGGCCACAUCAACAAUGAAAGUCUUGCAAACAUCAGCGCAGAACGCACUGAAGAGGACAAGAUGAGAUGUGUGUUUAAGGUCCUGGAGUCAUGUGGGGAUAGAGGGAAGCGCGUGUUCAUCACAAACCUUCAAGAGCAACACCCUGAGCUGCUGGAGGAGUUGGGCAUGCCUCCUGGAUGGGAAUAUUAAAACCUCCUUUAGCUAUUUUCAUUUGUAAUUCUGUAACUUCAUCUGUACUCAUGCUCAGAAGACGGUUGCAACGUGGAAAGCAACAAUGCGCUACAACGCUUGCUAGCACAUUUUCCAGCUCAUAGUCCAAAGCCUUGCCCUGCAAACACCACCACCAUAGUUAAAACACCAACAACACUGUUGUCUAGCAAUCUAACUACUGAUAAAGCAUACAAAAA